CGUUGGCGGGAAGGAGCGGCGGGGUCUGCCGCGCGGGGCGUUUGUGGCGUGACGUAGCGUGCGCGGCCUAACGGCUGGUCUGAGGCGAGGCGCCGCGUCCGCCCGCGGGCCGCGGGGCGGCGGGCGCGAUGCAGGCCUUCCUGAAGGGCCCGUCCUCCAUCAGCACCAAGCCCCCCGCCGCCAAGGAGCGGGGCACGGCGGGGAGCAGCGGCGAGGGCAAGCGGCUCAAACCCGUCCCCUGGGUGGAGAAGUACCGCCCAAAAUAUGUGGAUGAAGUUGCUUUCCAGGAUGAAGUUGUUGCUGUGCUGAAGAAGUCCUUGGAAGGUGCUGAUCUUCCUAAUCUGUUGUUCUAUGGCCCACCUGGAACUGGAAAGACGUCCACAAUUUUAGCAGCAGCUAGAGAACUUUAUGGACCUGAAUUAUUCCGGCAAAGAGUCCUUGAGUUAAAUGCUUCUGAUGAGCGUGGAAUACAAGUGAUUCGGGAAAAAGUGAAGGCUUUUGCCCAGCUAACAGCAUCUGGAAGCCGUUCAGAUGGUAAGGUUUGUCCUCCUUUUAAGAUUGUGAUUCUGGAUGAAGCAGACUCUAUGACUUCAGCAGCCCAGGCAGCCUUAAGACGCACAAUGGAAAAAGAAUCCAAAACGACACGUUUCUGCCUUAUUUGUAACUACAUCAGCAGAAUAAUUGAACCUUUAACAUCUCGAUGCUCCAAAUUCCGCUUCAAACCUUUGUCAGACAAAAUCCAGCAGCAGCGACUAUUGGACGUUUCUGAGAAAGAGCAUGUGAAAAUCAGUGGUGAGGCAGUAUCUUACCUUGUCAAAUUGUCAGAAGGAGACUUAAGAAAAGCAAUUACUUUUCUUCAAAGUGCAACUCGCCUAAUGGGAGGGAAAGAAAUUACAGAGAAGAUAGUCACUGAAAUUGCUGGGGUUGUCCCUAAAGAAAAAAUUGAUGGACUGCUAUCUGCCUGCCGGAGUAGUUCAUUUGAAAAACUGGAAACAGUGGCAAAGAAUAUGAUAAAUGAAGGGUAUGCUGUUGCUCAGCUUGUAAACCAGCUUCAUGAUAUUGUUGUUGAGAGCGAAGAUUUCACUGACAAGCAGAAGUCCGCUAUAGUUGAGAAACUUGCGGAAGUAGACAAAUGCUUGGCAGAUGGUGCUGAUGAAUACUUGCAGUUGAUGAGUCUCUGUGCCCUUGUGAUGCAGCAGCUAACGCAGAACAUCUAGCUCAGCAGGCCAGCAGUGGCACAGAGCAAUUUUUGUUUCAUUGGUGGCUGCAGUUUUGAUGGCAGUCAUUUGUGUAUUUUGUAUCCUUUUUACAAUAAAAAGACUGCUCAGCAGUUGGAAAAACUAACAUUUAAAGUAAAAA